AUGGCAAAUAAGUACAGAAGUGUUUGGGAGCAAAAUAGUGAAUUAAGGGGAUGGCUUAUGCCGGACCCUGAAGACGAUAAAAGGGGUUUUUGUAAAGUUUGCAAGUGUUCAUUAAUUGCACAUAAGAAAGAUCUUUUGUUGCACAGAAAAUCAAGAAAACAUAUUGAGUCUGAGAAAAAAUACUAUGCUGGUCCCAGCAAAAAAAUUACUGAGUUUUUGACGACUAAUAUUUCAAAGAAAAGAAAAGUCGCAGAAUUGAAAAUAGCUGCUUUUAUUGCCGAGCAUUGUUCCACAAGAACGGCAGAUCAUUUAAGUGAAUUACUUAAUAGUCUAGAUGAUAAUUCUGAAUUACUCAAGGGAGUAAAACUUCAUCGAACGAAAUGUGCAGCCUUAAUCUUAAAUGUUAUUAGUCCAUGCUUGUUGGAAGAUCAAAUCCUUGAUGUUGGAAAUGAAAAAUAUUUUCUGAUAAUUGAUGAAAGCACGGCCAUCGACUGUACCAAAAUAAUGUGUCUUAUAACUAAAUAUUAUAGCAAACUCAAAAGAAAAAUAAUUACGACCUUUUACAGAUUAAUGGAAUUACCGCAGGAGAUGCUUUGA